AUGGUUUCAAAUAUAUGGAUAGCAGCUGCCGAUAACCAAAGACAAAUAGUAGAGCAUUAUAUUUCUUCUGGAGAAUUUACCCCUAAUUCAAAGGAUCCAAAUGGAUAUACUCCUAUACAUGCUGCUGCAUCAUAUGGUCACAUUAACUUAUUGCAAUACUUGAUUGACAAUGGUGGAGACAUAAAUAUUCAAGAUAAUGAAGGUGAUACUCCUUUACACCAUGUCGAAGAUGUUAAAUCUGCCAAAUAUCUAAUUGAAAAUUUACAUGCUGAUUAUAAAGUGAAAAACAAUGAUGGAUUAACAGCUCAACAAUACAUAGAAGAAGACGAUGAUUUUCCAGAAGUUGCUGAGUAUUUGAAAACCUUAGCUCACGAUAAACCUUCUGUCAAUGAAGAAGAUGUCAAGGCUAACGACUUUGUUGAAUCAUUGCCACAACCUGGUACUAUCGAUGGUCAUGAAAUUAGAUACACAUUAGAAAAUGAAGCCACACAAGAAGGAGAUGAACAAUUAUCACCAGAAGAAUUAGAGGAAAGAAGAAAGAAGAUUCAAGCCAUUUUGGAAAGUGAAAAUCCAGAAGAAGCUUUACGUGAUUUGGUCAGAAAUGCUGUUCACGAAGGAUUGAGCCAGUACAAACAAUCUGAAACCAACGAAGAAGAACCUUCUAAUAAAAGAAGAAAGGAAUAG